AUGAUUUUAUACGACCUCCUUCUGCUGCUUUUGGUGCUGUCACUAGCACAAGCAACAUUGCCCCAGCAUAUAGUGCAUCCCAAAUUUCUGCAUCUUGACUGGCCAUCAGAUUGUGGAAUUGCUUUUUUCCAACAAAACACAGCUGGAAGGAUUGUGUCUGGAAAUGAAGUGCGGCCGUUCUCCUGGCCAUGGCAGGUUUCCCUGCAGGUUCGGUCUAGAGGAAGCAAGAAAUAUGUUCAUGUCUGCGGUGGGACACUCAUUCACAAGAAUUGGGUUCUCACUGCGGCCCACUGUUUCCAAAAGGGGAAAGCCGAAGACGCAGCAAACUGGAGGAUCGUCCUUGGCAAACAUAACCUCAACCGCACAGAACCUACGGAAAAGAUUUACAAUGUGAAACGUAUAUACAGACACGAACGCUUCCGAUACCCUCAUCUCAAUGAGCUGGAUUAUGACAUUGCUUUAGUAAAGCCAGAAGUUGACAUCAUGACUACGCAUUUCAUCCAACAUGCCUGCCUUCCUAAAAAAGAGAUUGUAUUACGCCCUGGGCAAUUCUGCUGGGUGACUGGAUGGGGCGACACCAGAGGUGGCAAAGAAAAUCUAACAUUGUCCGAAGUUCUUAACCAAGCAAAAUUACCCAUCAUUGAUACCAAGACGUGCAAGCAAAAGAAGUUCUGGGGAGAGAGGGUUCGAGAGUCUAUGAUUUGUGCUGGAUUCCGAGACAUUGAAGGACCUCCUGCUGCCUGCCAGGGGGAUUCUGGAGGUCCGCUUGUUUGUCAGAUAGGAAGAGAGAGAUGGGAAGUGCACGGAAUUGUGAGCUUUGGGCCUAUUGGCUGCACAGUGGAAAACAAACCAAGUGUUUUCACCAGGAUUUCUGCCUAUAUUCCAUGGAUUGAAGCCACACGGAUUCGUGAUUUCUUCCUCCACUGA